GAAGGAGCGGCCGCCGUCAGUCAGAGCGCGUGGAACUGUCCAGUGCUGACGCUCUUCAAACACUCAAGGUGCACUCGGCUUUAGCUCCUAACAUCGAGCACCAACGACAACAAAACUACACUCGUUUGAAAUGAUUAUGUGAUAUGUUACGUGCUGUUUGAAACGGUGUCCAGGAGUUUAUUUGAUCUGAGGUUGUUUUCCGUUUCAAAGCUUCUUUCAGUGGGACUGGACCGUGCGGGCUGAACGACUGGCAAGCGACAAGACAUUUUGAUUGUUUGAUUGAUGCAUUCCUCUGCAGACUGCGUGGAGGACCAGAUCUACUGACCGGAGAGAAAGUUUCCUUGGAUAAAAUCAUACACGAUGAUGGAUGCUGCUGAAUGUUGUGUGAAGGUGAUGUGCCGAUUCAGGCCACUUAACGAAUCGGAAAUCACCAGAGGUGACAAAUACAUACCGAAAUUCAAAGGAGAAGACACCGUGGUGAUAUCGGGCAAACCGUAUAUCUUUGACCGAGUCUUUCCUCCAAACACAACACAAGAACAAGUAUAUGAUACCUGUGCCAAACAGAUUGUUAAAGAUGUGCUGGAUGGCUAUAAUGGGACAAUCUUUGCAUAUGGCCAAACCUCAUCAGGGAAGACGCACACUAUGGAAGGGCAGCUCCAUAACUCACAACUGAAGGGCAUCAUCCCUCGCAUCGCCCAAGACAUCUUUGACCACAUCUACUCUAUGGAUGAGAACCUGGAGUUCCAUAUCAAGGUCUCUUAUUUUGAAAUCUAUAUGGACAAAAUUAGAGAUUUGCUUGAUGUUUCCAAAACCAACCUGGCUGUCCAUGAAGAUAAGAACAGGGUGCCAUUUGUCAAGGGCUGUACCGAGCGUUUUGUGUCCAGUCCGGAGGACGUCAUGGAUGUGAUCGAUGAGGGAAAAUCCAAUCGUCACGUGGCUGUCACAAACAUGAAUGAGCACAGCUCCCGCAGUCACAGCAUUUUCCUCAUUAAUAUUAAGCAGGAGAAUGUGGAGACAGAGAAGAAACUGAGUGGAAAACUCUACCUGGUGGAUCUGGCAGGAAGUGAAAAGGUCAGUAAAACUGGAGCAGAAGGAUCUGUGCUGGACGAGGCUAAAAAUAUCAAUAAGUCUCUCUCUGCUCUGGGGAACGUCAUCUCAGCCCUGGCUGAAGGAACUAAAACCCAUGUGCCAUACAGAGACAGUAAAAUGACCAGGAUCCUGCAGGACUCUUUGGGUGGGAACUGCAGAACAACCAUUGUCAUCUGCUGCUCUCCAUCCGUAUAUAAUGAUGCUGAGACCAAAUCCACACUCAUGUUCGGCCAAAGGGCCAAAACCAUCAAAAACACGGUUUCUGUGAACAUGGAGCUUACAGCUGAGGAAUGGAAGAAGAAAUAUGAGAAAGAGAAAGAGAAGACCAGAAAUCUGAAAAUCACCAUCCAGCGGCUAGAAAAUGAGCUUAAACGAUGGCGGAAAGGUGAGAAUGUUCCUGCUGAUGAGCAGCACAGCAGUAAAGAAUUAAAGAAUUCUGAAGCCGCUCCCAUAAUUGAGACUUCAGCUCCGCCCCCUGAGCCUCUUUCUGAUUCAGAGAAAACCCAGUAUGAGGAGCUGAUCAAUGACCUGUAUCAGCAACUAGACGACAAGGAUGAUGAGAUCAACCAGCACAGUCAGCUGGCAGAGAACCUGAAACAGCAGAUGGUGGACCAGGAUGAGUUACUGGCAUCCACACGGCGUGACUAUGAGAAGAUCCAGGAAGAUCUGAGCCGUUUGCAGCAUGAGAACGAGGCAGCUAAAGAUGAGGUGAAGGAGGUGCUCCAGGCCUUAGAAGAGCUGGCUGUGAACUACGACCAGAAAAGCCAUGAGGUGGAAGACAGAAGCAAGACAAACCAGCAGCUCACAGAGGAGCUUAUGCAGAAGAGUGCAGCUCUGGCUGGUGUGGAGAGGGAUCUGUCUGCCCUGCAGGAGCACAGUGGGCAUCACAAGAAGAGAUCAGCAGAGAUCCUCAGUCUCUUGCUCCGGGACCUCAAUGAGAUUGGCAGUGUUAUUGCCUUGAAUGACCACAAGAUGACAGAGAUGAACGGAGGAAUGGAGGAGGAAUUCACCAUGGCACGGCUCUUCAUAAGUAAGAUGAAGUCAGAAGUGAAGUCUCUGGUCAACCGCAGUAAACAGCUUGAGAGCACACAGGCCGACACAAUGCGGAAAAUGCAGGCCAACGAGAAAGAGCUGGCUUCCUGUCAGCUGCUGAUCUCUCAGCAUCAAGCAAAGAUCAAAUCCCUCACCGACUACAUGCAGAACAUGGAACAGAAGAAAAGACAGCUGGAAGAAAGCCACGACUCACUGACGGAGGAGCUCGCUAAACUCAAUGCGCAAGAAAAGAUGCAUGAGGUUUCAGUCAUGGAUAAGGAAAAGGAACACAUGAGCAGGAUGCAGGACGCUGAGGAGAUGAAGAAAGCGCUGGAACAGCAGAUGGAAAGCCACAGAGAGGCUCAUCAGAAGCAGCUUUCACGUCUGCGAGAUGAGAUCGACGUGAAACAGAGGAUCCUUGAUGAGCUGAAAGAUGUGAACCAGGCUCUUCAGCUUGAACAGAAUCAGCUCAGGUCUGACUAUGAAAAGCUGAAACAAGAGGAACAGAAGAAGGACGAGAGGCUGCAGAAGCUUCUCUUGUUGAAUGAGAAGAGGGAGCAAGCUAAAGAAGAUCUCAAGGGUCUGGAAGAGACUGUGGCCAAAGAGCUCCAGACUCUCCUGAACCUGCGUGUAAUGUUCAUCCAGGACAUCAAUAAUCGCAUUGGACGAAGUGUAGAGUUGGACACUGAUGAAUCAGGGGGAAGUCUGGCACAAAAACAGAAAAUAAUUUUCCUCGAGAAUAACCUGGAGCAGCUCACUAAAGUCCACAAGCAGCUGGUACGUGAUAAUGCAGACUUAAGGUGUGAGCUGCCCAAACUGGAGAAGCGCCUGCGUGCAACUGCUGAGCGAGUGAAGAUCCUGGAGUCUGCUCUGAGAGAGGCCAAAGAAAGCGCCAUGAGAGACCGUAAGAAGUACCAGCAGGAGGUGGACCGCAUCAAGGAGGUCAUCCGAGCCAACAACCAGGCCAGGAUGAAACAAACCGCACAGAUCGCUAAGCCUAUUCGUGCUGGACAUCAUCACUCAGCGGCUUCUGCCUCACUGGGCCACAGUAUCAGAGGGGGCGUCCCAAGCCCACGACGACACCACCAGCACCAACAGCAGCAGCAGCAGCAGUACCAUCACAGGAGCAAGUGAAAAACUCUCCAUGGGACAAAAAAUGACCGGUCUGACUCCAGUCUGCGCAUUCUUUCCAUUCCAGCUAUGUGUGGCAACAAGACGACGUCUUUUUCCAAUGCAGUCUUUUCUAUUCAGUAAGGUGGGGGGGGGGGGGGGGGGGACUACUGUCAUCUUCAAGUUCAUUUCCUGUCCUUACCAUGACCUCCUUACAUUCAUCCUGUUUAAAUGGAGAUUUGUGGACUCAACUAUCAAUAAACAAACCCAAACCCACAAAGUAAGACUAAAGGAUAUUGGAUUUUAAAGUCAUAGAAGUGCUAUUUCACUGAAUUUCUGUUUUUCUUGGCUUCUUUCUGCAUUGAGUCAUUUUGUAUUUGAAAAUAUCUUCAAUGUUUCUAUCAAAUUCAACGCAUCUGUCAUUACUCACGCCAGGUUAGCUUUCAUAGAAGUCUGGAAAGAUGAAAAGUAUUCACUAGAACCUACACUGGAAGUUUUUAUCCCCUCAGGAGAUUCAUUGAGACCUUUCUGUUCUUUCAAUUGGCACUAAUUCCUUCUGUCUUAAUGGCCAUUGAGAACAUGCAGUGACAUGACUUGGGAAUGCUGCUUAGGAAUACACACAUUGCUUCAAGCUUAACUCAUCGUGUAUAAAGUCAAUAUGAUAUUACUAGAUGUUAAAUUAAUUUUAUUUAAUUUUAUAUACAUUAAGUAUUGGAAUUUAGUUUUUUUAUGUUUACGUAAUGUCUUUUGUAUAUUAUUUUUAAGUUCCUUUUAUUAGAUCUAGGUCAUCAUGUGUACAUGUUUUUAUACAGAAUACAGGUGCUUUGAAAAUGCAUUAAUUUAUAUAAGGUGCUCUGGAGCAAACAACAACUGUAAAAUAUCAGUAUUUAUUACCACAUUAGUGGUAAAAUCAGGAAUCAUUACUCUGUCAUAUAUUGGCUGUUACUUAAACUGACCUGUUUUGAAAGGAAUGAAAUGCAGUCAUUUAGAGAAAGUCAAAGUCAGAGAUAUUACAGCAUAUGAAAAAUUCUGAUAAAUUCAAGAAAGCAAAAGUGGAGCGAUUUUUCAACUGAUUGUUUAUUUGCCAUUUAUCUGCUGAAUUUAAUUUGACUUAUUUUUGUGUGAUUAUUUCUUAUUCUUGAUAUCAUUAUGAUAUGAAUUACCAAUUAUUCUUUAAAAAAAACUGUAAGGAGAAAUAUUGACUUUUUCAAGAACCACAAAUACUAUUUCAACAGGUAAACCAUGCUAUCAUGCCAUAGCUAUUUACAUUCUUGUGCUAAUGCAAAAAUGUUGCCUACUAUCUGUCUUGUGUUAAUUGUCUCUGGUACGUCUGUAUGUUCAGCACUGUUUUAUCAGCUGUAACAAAGUGAUCAGUACAUGAAAAUGUCAGUACGUUGAAAACAAAUUCUCACACAGUUUACUGUAAAAACUGACCAACUCCAUGAUAAGUAAUGUGAGCACUUUCUUGCAACUUUCUUUUUGGAUGUUGUGAGCUGAUGAAGAAAAACACAAAUGCAUUGAUGGAAGUUCAUCUAAGUUUUCUAUUUGAUAACCUGUGGUAUCAAAAAGACUUCCUUCAUCACUGAAAUAAUUAGUUUUUCCUCUUAAAAAGAUCAUCUAAUGCAGGGGUUUUCAAACCUCUCCAUGAAGUACCCCCAGCACUGCAUGUUUUGUAUCUCUCCCUAUAUCUGACACUCACACUUCAGGUCUUGCAGUCUCCAUUAAUUAGCUGAUGAUUUGAAUCAGAUGUGAUAAUUGAGGGAGACAUACAAAAUGUGCAGGGCAGGUUUGAGAACCACUGAUCUAAUGUAAAAUAUAAAACCCCAUAUCCUAACAAGGUCUAGUGUUUUUGUAUACAGUAUGUGUCCUCUAUUGUGGUGAGUUACUGUAUUGCACACAGAGACCUCAUCGAUUUUGUCUUGUUCAUCAGUGUUUCUGAAGUUUCUGAAAUGUGCUAUAACUUUACCUCAGCAGUGUAUGAAGCUUUUGAGAAAUUAAACAACAUGGAAUUUACUUCAAAUGAUUCAGUUGUUUUGUAGGUGAAGGAAGUGCCACAACAAGGAUAUGAAAAGCUUUAUAGAGUUUGUUUCAAGAUAAAGCACGUGUUAUGGACAACAGGGUUUUACCUACAGAGUGUGACACUCAUUUAUCAGAUGUUGAUGUGGAAUAAAAAAGUUUACUAAAUGUA